AUGCCGAAAGAAGAAGACCAACAUCCCCACAACAAUGAUGUUUUUUUAGACCUCGUGCUCGAUCGCCUCGGAUCCGAUGGUGCGGCUCUCUCUCCGACACCCUCUCAACUCUCUGCGCUCGGUGGGACUGCUUUUCCCAAUCAAACUCAGAAACUCCAGAAUGAAUGGGAGCCAGCGACUCCGGCUCUGGGGACGAAGCUUAAGGUUUUCGGCGCAUUCUUCAACCCGAUCCCUUUUCGUCCUGUUAAAACAUUAGAUGUUCAGAAACAUGAAUUUUUUUUGAAGCAUUUAGGGUUAUGGGAUUUUAUUCAUCUUGAUUAUGAUUUUGAACUCCGAGCCGAUCUUCUCCAACAAUUGGUGUUGAAUUUCGAUCCUAAGGCUGGUUUUAGCACAGUGGAUGGGAUUUCAAUUGAGAUUAGCCGCAUGGCUAUUGCUGGUGCACUGAAAUUACCGGUACAGCAGGUUGAGAUUGAUACUCCACUGGAAGUUAGGGAUUUGGAAUCGAUUGAGUUUGUUGAGGAGUUUGUGAUGAAUUGGAUUCUUUUACAUGAGGAUGCGUGGAUGAUGCCAGAGGAAGUUUUGGAGUGGAUGGGGUUUAUCAGAGAAGGGAAGUUACAUGAGGUGGAUUGGGCUGGGUUAAUGUGGUUUAUGGUGAAUAGGGAAUUAUUGCAGGUGCGGGAGGCGGGAAAUUGUUAUUAUGCUUCACAUUUGCAUUGUUUGAUCGAGUUUCAGAGGCCAGGGUUGUUUGAGGAAAGGGCUAUGGUGGAAGGUAAUGGGAAGGGGGAACCGGAUAUGGGUUAUGGCAAGGCGAUCCAAUUGGAUGAUGAUGAUGAACAGGAUGUGGGUGAUGUGAAGAUGAUCAGAUUGGAUGAUGAUGAUGAUGAUGGCGACAGCGAUGAUAAUGGUGAUAGGUAUAGUGAUAACGACCAUGAUGCUUUUAACGUUGAUGAUAACAUUGGAGGACUGGAGGAUCAAAACAAUGGUUUGCAGUUGGAGUUGGGAAAGAUCGAAAGUGGAGAGGUUGGGGGUGUGGAUGUUAUGAAUCUUCAGGAAUGCAAGGAAGUGGAACCUGAAUAUUGGCCUCUCAAUGGAAGGACUGGUUCUGGUGAGCAUUCUUUGCAGCAGUGCAAUCGAAAUGAAAUCUGCAGAAUGGGUUUUCAGUCUGAAAGGAAAGCAGAAGUGGGGAAAGAAAAUUAUGAUAUUUCCAUGAAAUGUGGUCCGAUUGAGGGGUUUGCUUCUGGAAAUUGGGACAAAAAAUUUAUUGCGACAAAAAAUUUACAUUGUAAUCCACCUAUAUAUAUUCCUGACCACUCUACUGAGGAACCUAUUGCAUCAAGGACUGAUACCUGUGCGAAUGUUGGUAACCUGUUUAUGUUUAAUAAUUCAUUGAAGAGGCAGUUUGAGCAUGGGGAUGAGAUUGAUCAUCUCUGUCUCAAUUACCACAAUAAGAGAAUGAGAAAUGAUGAUUCUUCAGACCCGAAUUUACAGGAUUUUGAUUUUUGUAUGAAACAGAUACAGACUUGGAUGGAUAAAGCUAGAAUGGCAUAUGUUGCUAGAGAGCAGGCGUGCAGAACUGCUAAAACUAAUGAGCAAGUCUUACUCAAAACAUUGGAGCAGCAGGAAAGCAUGAUCAAACACUUAGAAAGAACAAAGCAUGAAGACAAUCACAAAAGAGAAGUGGAAGUAUAUCAUCUUACACGUGAACUUCAUUUUAUGGGGAAUCUGGUGGAUGGUUAUAAGAGUGCUUUGAAGAAAACUCAGAGACUAUUUUCCGAGUAUAGAGAAUGUUGUCCACAGCCCGAGGAACCACUUUACAGGGAUGUUGUGAGGACUGGAGGUGUUGUUCUUAGUAAUGCUGAAUUGGGAAACCAGGCCUCAUAG